AUGUCUCCAUCAAUUAAAAUUUUUCUUCUUUUUAUUUUUGCAACUUUAAUAAUUAAUAGUCAACAACAAUGUGUUCCUAAAGGUGGUGAUUGUAGUUCUGAUAUAAGCGUCUCUAGUUGUUGUCAAGAUAAAGAAACACUAUUUUGCUUAGAUUGGGGUAACAACAAAAAACAAUGCCACAAUUGUAAACCAAAGGGAAAACCAUGUUAUCCGGGAACUUUACAGAAUGAUUUCUGUUGUAAUAAAUGUGAUUCUGUCAAGAAAGUUUGUACAUAA